AUGACGCCAGUAGUUGAUGAUGCCACAUGGCUAUCUCAUCUUUCUUCUUUGAAAUAUGUAACCAUGAAUGGUGUGGGACUAACUAGAGUAACAAACAUCAUGCAAUCUAUCAACAAUCUUCCCCACCUCGAAGAAGUUUAUCUAAGGCAGUGCUCCAUAGACAGUCUUCCUCAGUCUAUCCCAAAUCUCAACUUCACAUCCUUAACUAUCAUGGACAUUGGAAAGAACUUAUUGCAUAACACUAGUAUUCCAGACUGGCUUUUCAGAAUACCCAACCUGGUUGUUUUGAAAAUGGACUGGUGUGGCUUCAAUGGCACCAUCCCUUCCUCCAUUGGCAAUGCAACAACGCUUGAGUUUCUAGACUUGCAGUGGAACCAGUACAUGUCUGGUGACAUUCCAAGAGAGCUUGGGAACCUCUGCAAAAUCCAGCAACUUAAUUUUGGUGGUUAUACAUUCUCUGGUCAGAGCUUGGUGGAUUUUGAAAAUGCAUUUUCUGGAUGCAUCAAGAACAGUUUGAGUGUGUUAUCAUUCUAUGGUAGCUACAUGACAGGUCAUUUGCCGGACUGGUUGGGUGAUCUCAGAAACAUCACUAAGCUUGUUCUUUCGCUGAAUUACUUCUCUGGCUCCAUCCCUGAGUCUCUUGGAAGACUUUCAAGGCUGCAAUUCAUGGAUCUUUCAUUCAAUAAUUUGAAUGGCACAAUCCCUAUCUCCAUUGGGAGACUGUCAUCACUGCAAUCUUUGAACCUUGAACAAAAUCAGUUGAAUGGUGUUAUUCCUGAGAGUUUGGGACAGCUAUCAGAACUAGAAAUUUUGGCUCUCGGAAGCAACAACUUCAACUUUUCAGUCAUCACUGAAGCUCACUUUGCUAAUCUUACCAGUCUCAAGAAUUUAUACCUAAGUGACUUAGUUCUUAAUAUAAGCUCUAAUUGGCUUCCCAGGUUUAAAGCUGACAUCAUAGACUUGAGCUCCUGCAAAGUGGGGCCCAAGUUUCCUGCAUGGCUGGAAAACCAGGUGAACCUUUCAACACUGAUGAUGUCUAGUGCUUGGAUCGAGGACUCCAUGCCUGACUGGUUCUGGAACAUCACAUACAACAUGACUCUCUUGGAUCUCACUUACAAUAAGAUCAGUGGAAGCUUGCCUUCUCACUUGAACUUUCAACCUCAACUGCGGAGUGUUAUUCUUUACCUGGGCUUCAAUCUCUUUGAGGGUUCUGUGCCUAAUUUUCCUCCUAAUGUUGCAAUUCUGGACUUAACCAGCAACGCACUCUCAGGAACCAUUCCUUCUGACAUUGGUGAAGUGAUGAAUUCAUCUCAACUCUUGCUCCUCUCUUUCUCUUCAAACAACCUGCACGGUGGCAUUCCAAAUUCUCUUUGUAACUUCCCAAACCUUCACAUUCUAGACCUGUCGAAUAAUAAUCAUUUGACAGGAGAGAUCCCAGAUUGCUGGAACAAUUCACAAGCACUGGGAUACCUGAACCUGGCUAACAACAUGCUCGAAGGUGAUCUUCCAAUUUCUUUAGGUUCUCUUCAAUCACUUCAAGUGUUGGACUUAAACAAUAAUAGUUUGCAUGGAGAGUUUCCAUCUUUUCUAAAGAACUGUACUUCUCUGAUCACUAUUGAUCUUGGUCACAACAAGUUCAGCGGUAAAAUACCAACUUGGGUGAACCAAGACAUGAUUUCACUCAUGAUACUCAACUUGGGAUCAAAUGAUUUCUCAGGUGAUUUACCUUUAUUAUCUAAUCUCACUCUGCUUCAUUUCUUGGAUCUUUCCUAUAAUAGUUUCACAGGAACUAUACCGAAAUCUUACGGCAACUUCAGUAACAUGGUGAAUGUUAUUGACAAUGAAGGAGCAUCAUUUUCUGAGUACAGUGACUACAGUCUGUGGACAUCAUUUUCUAAGGCCAGUCUCUGGACAUCAUUCAACACAUAUGUUGCUGUCAGUGCUGGAGCAUCAUUUUCUAUGCCAAGUCUGUGGACAUCAUGUUAG